AUGAUCAUUGGGACUGGCAGUGGGCAUCACCGCGUGUCGCCAGAGGUGUCGAUGAAAAAUCCGGAUGCUACACUGACACCUAAACUUCCAACAAACGUUGCGAAUUCUAAAAAAGGGCAUUUAAUGAACGGACCAACGCGCAAGUUCCCGUUCGAAAGGACGUUGACACCCGCUCAAGCCGCUCGAAAUGCAGCCUACAAACGCGCUGUGCUAAGUUUGCUGGAAUCGAAAUGGUUUACUGUCAUGAUGCUCAUUGUAACACUCUAUGCUUUAUUUGGAGAUGACAUUCGAUUGUCGUUGUUUUCACUGCCAGCAGACAAUGGAUUUUAUACCCUCGCUUCAAUCUGUCUCGUGCUCUUUUCGUUCGAGUUUAUAGCAUCAUGUUAUGCUAAACCAGGCUAUAUCAUGAGUUUUUACUUUUUACUCGAUCUCAUUGCCACGUUCUCCGUUCUACCAGAUAUUGGAUGGAUUUGGAAUGAAAUUAUCGGGACAAACACGAGCUCGUCUGCAAUUAAAGCUAGUAAGGCAACGAAAGCUGGUAGUAAAGCUGGACGAAUUGUACGAGUUGUGCGAGCUGUGCGACUCUUUCGGGUGGUUAAGAUUCUUAAGUGGAAAAACAGUUCCACUACAGAACCAUUAGAACAAUUACAAGAGAGCAAAGUUGGAAGUAAAAUGGGUGAAGUGACAGUGCAGCGUGUUGUGGUCUUAGUGCUCUUUCUGAUUAUGCUUUUACCGGUAUUUGAUGGAGGAUAUACUCAGGUAGAAUAUCGCUAUCAAGAUUAUGGGUUACGCAUUAUUCAUAUGCUCGUAUCUUCGGGUAUGUCGAAAGGAAGUAUUGAUAGCUCUACAGAGUAUGCACGUCUUCUCUCGGGCUAUGUGCAAGAUGCAGGCAUGCUUUUAUAUAUUCAAAUGACUAAUGUCACGAAUGAAAAGCUUUUGGCUGAUAUUGCAUCAAUUCGCUUUCAAGAAUCUCCGAGUCUCCCACGUAAUUUAAGUGUAAACCCAGUCAAUUCUUGGUCAGCUUCAAACAUGCUUGCAAGUUACUCUGCUGUCACUGAUUUAUAUCGAGAUGUUGAGAUCAAUAUUGUUAAAACAUAUGGAUGUUUCAACAAAAAGUUUGUCGCAAUUGAUUCCGCAGAUGUUUCAAGUGCUUGUAUGAGUAUUGCCAUCUUCGACAUUGCGUCUACAAGUGCCUCCUCUGCUUCUUACAAUAUUUUAAAAACAUGCUUUAUCAUUGUUGUACUUGUGGCUGCGUCAACUUCAUUUAUUCGUACGGCUCGCAUCCUCGUGCUAGACCCAAUCGAACGAAUGAUGGACGUUGUCAAAAAAUUAGCUGCAAACCCACUUGCAAGCGUACAAACAUCCAGGAAUGAUGCUUUGAUUCGUAAAAAUGCCAAUGAACAAGGAUUUGAGACUGCACUACUUGAGCUGACAUUGUCAAAAGUUGGUCGUCUCAUGCAGGUUGGUUUUGGAGCUGCUGGUGCCGAUAUUAUUGGCAAAAAUAUGGGCUCGGGUGAUCUCGAUCCGAUGCUUCCGGGCAAAAAGAUCACUGCCAUUUACGGAUUUUGUGAUAUUCGCCAAUUUACAGACACGACCGAAUGUUUGCAGGAAGAAGUUAUGGUGUAUGUCAAUAAAUUAGGCGACAUUAUGCACACAGGUACUCACCAUUAUUAUGGCAUGGCAAACAAGAACGUGGGAGAUGCUUUUUUACUAUCAUGGAAACUUUGCGAUGGUGAAAUGGCUUGCUUUUCACGGUUCACUGAUACACCAACGGAAAUAGAUCGUCAACAAGUAAAUCAAUCGAUUUUGUGUCCUCCAAAUCUAGGUGCAGGCACAAAACCACGUCGUAUUACACCCACAGAAAUGGCUGAUAGUGCACUUACUGCAUUUAUCAAAUGCAUGAUUGAUCUGGAUAAUGCAAACACGAAAGGUUCAUUAACCGAAUAUUUGACAAGAGAUGUCGUAGUUAAGCGAUUUGGUCCAAAUUUUCGCAUCAAAAUGGGGUUUGGCAUGCACGUAGGUUGGGCUGUCGAAGGUGCUAUAGGAUCACGUUUCAAAAUUGAUGCCACAUAUAUUUCUCCUCAUGUUGAAAUGGCAGAUCGAUUGGAAGCUGGGUCUAAGAUGUUUAUGACUCCAAUUAAUAUCUCCCAUUGGUUUGCUGCAUUAAUUUCACCUGCAGCUCGACGUCUGUUACGUAAGAUGGAUCAAAUUAGUAUCCGAGGGGUCGAUACACCUCUUACCGUCUACACAUUUGAUGUCACUGUGAUGAAACCUGGGUUUGGUACGCCUAAAAUUGAUUCGGUAACAGGAUGUCAACUUCCUGUAGAUUUUGAGAACGAUCCCGAGUAUCUGGAAAUUCGAAAAGGCCUGGAACCAGCGUUUUUGGAAGCAGCCGCUAGCGCAGUAGAAUCAUAUUUAAGUGGAGAUUGGUCAAAAGCACGACAAUAUCUCACAACCGCUCAACAAAUCCGACCACAGGACGGUCCUUGCAAAUAUCUCAUGGAAGUGCUGAAGGAAUACAACUAUGAAACACCACGAGAUUGGAAAGGAUAUCGAUUUGUUGCAGGAUACUAA